AUGAAUGACUUGUUCUCCACCUCCUCCUUCAGCGGGGUCCAAACGUUGCCGUCGCCGGAUCACCAAGUCAUUGAGAUGACCGCCGCCGGCGGAGUGAACCUUGACAACUUCUUCUCAGACGUGGGGGCGAUCAAGGAGGAGCUGAAGGAGCUGGAGCGACUCAUGCACAGCCUCAAGAGCUCCCACGAGCAAAGCAAGACCCUUCACCAUGCCAACGCCGUCAAGGACCUUCGUUCCAUCAUGGACGCUGAUGUGGCACUCGCUCUCAAGAAAGCGAAGCUCCUUAAGCACAAAUUGGAGGCACUGAACCGCUCCAAUGCCGUUAAUCGGAGCCUCCCCGGGUGCGGACCCGGGUCAACCUCGGAGCGGACCCGGACCUCCGUGGUUUACGGGUUGAUGAAGAAGCUCAAGGACUCCAUGGACAGCUUCAAUGACCUCAGGCAGCAUAUCUCUUCAGAAUACCGUGAAACCGUACAAGGCCGAUAUUUCACCGUCACCGGCGAGAAUCUCGACGACAAUACCCUUGACCUCUAUAUUUCUACGGGUGAGAGUGAAACUUUCCUUCAGAAAGCCAUUCAGGAGCAUGGCAGGGGUAGAAUUCUGGACACCAUUAAUGAGAUUCUAGAGAGGCAUGAUGCUGUGAAAGAGUUGGAGAAGAAUCUUAAGGAGUUGCACCAAGUGUUCCUUGACAUGGCAGUGAUGGUGCAAUCUCAAGGUGAGCAUUUGGAUGACAUUGAGAGCCACUUGGCAAGUGCUAACUCGUUUGUGAUGAGUGGGACUCAGCAGCUGCAGAGUGCAAGGAAUCACCAGAAGAACACCCGGAAAUGGACCUGUUAUGCUAUUAUCCUUCUUCUAGUUAUCAUCUUGUUUGUGGUGCUCUUCACUGUGAGACCAUGGCAACUAUAUUCCAGUGUUGGUAAUAAUAAUGGUAGCCACCCUUCUCCGGUUCAAACACCUCCUCCUCCUCCUGCAGCUUAA